AUGGAUUGUGAGUUUAAAGAAGAGUUAUGGAAGUUACUUGGUAAGAAAGUUACACGUCCUAUGGUUUUCGUAAAUUGUAGGUACAUUGGUGGAGCAGAAGAAGUGGUGGCUUUGAACGGGAACGAGAAGCUCAAGAAGCUUCUAGAAGGGAUUUCAUCGCCGGUUAGGUCCCCGCGGUGUGAUCGGUGUGAGAACGAACGGUUUUUGAUGUGUUGGAAUUGUAAUGGGAGGUCGAGAGUGGUUGCGGAAGAUGGAACGUGGAAUAGAUGCAAAGAGUGCAAUGAGAAUGGUCUUGUGAAAUGUGAUCUUUGUACUUGA